GGCGUCAUCAAGCCCAAUAUAGUGUUUUUCGGUGAACAGCUGCCGGCACGGUUUAUGUUGUAUUUGGUAGACAUGCCACUCACCGACCUCCUCAUCGUGAUGGGAACUUCGCUUGAGGUUUAUCCGGUCGCGGACAUAAUUUGGUAUGUUCGACCAAAUGUCCCUCGUCUGCUGAUCAACAAAACUUCGGUCAGCUCGUUUGCGGAUAAGUAUCGGAAAAAUGACGUGAUUUUUCAAGGAGACGUCAUUGAAGGAGUCAAGAAGUUAUGCGCUUUUAUUGGAUGGGAAAAGGAACUGCAACAGUUGAUGGACAAUCGAGGUAAUGAUAUAUGUCCUGUUUUUCCCGUUUUUAUAAAAGAAGCGGUUGGUGUUACAGUCUCUGAACGAACUUUGUCUUACCAUGAAGUGAAGGCACUAAAUUUCGGUGUGUAA